GGAAAGGAGCACGGGCGUUUUGGGAGAAACCGUCGACAAGAUCCAUUCUGCAUCUUUACCUGCAAGCUCAACUCGACUCGGCUCGCUGACAAACAACUUCAGUGACCGUUUUUACUUUUUAUUUUUUUGGUGAGGCGGGCAGCUCCCAUUUCUUUCUCCCCUCUUCGCAAGUGAACUUUAUAGGGAUGUUAUAUCAGAGCAUCACCGUGCUGAAUGCCCAGAUAGUGCUGAAGUAAGUGUAGUACGGAUGUGAAGAGUGCAGAGACUCGUUCUUCUUCUUCUUCUACUACUUUUUGUUCGGUUUAAUACACAAGAGAAAGAGAGAGAGAGAGAGUGUGUGUGAGUGAGAGCAGAAGAGAGAGAGAAAGAGAGAGAGAGAGAAGUCGCACAGGUUUUUGGAGCUACGCUUUCAUGCCGUCAGUCUUGCGGACUCUGAGAUGGACGUCAGAUUUUAUCCAGCUCCCCCUUCAAGCGUGGGUUCAUGUACGUUACCUACUGACUCCGGUUUGGACUAUUACCACGCCAACAAGAGCAGAUACGGUGCUGCAGAUCGAGGUGUGAGGCUCUACAGUUCCCUGCCCAUGCGCCCAAACCCUGACGGCAAGAGACUGCCCUCUACUGGGUUUGAUGGUGACAACAUGUACAUGAAUGAAAACAACCACGAGUUCCUCCCGCCAAACCAGAGCUACACAGGUCAGAGUGGCGGCGGCGGGGGAGGAGGUGGAGGCGGCGGCUCGGGCAGUGGAAAUGGAGCCGGGGACGAAGACUACGAGAUCCCCCCCAUCACUCCACCCAACCACCCCGAGCCUCCUCUUCUUCACCUGAUGGAGCACGACUCUACAGGCUACCUCUGCCACUCGCUGCAACACAAUGGGCUCAUCAACCCGUAUUCCUACCCAGAGCUGCCCACACUCAUGAUGUCUAACAUGCUGGCGCAGGACAGCCACCUCGUCUCCAGCCAAAUGCCCUCGAUGCAGGAGAUGGCUUUGCACCACCACCAACAGCAACACCAUCACCAGCACCAAGAUGGCGCUCAUUAUGACCCCGCCCGUAACCACCCCCUGAUAAACAGCUCACCUCCGAUUCUGCCCAACCCCAUGAGCGCACUGACCCAGCUAAACCCUCAUGUCAGCAGGAGUGCACUGCCUCAUGGUUCCCCCUCACCUCCUGGAAGUAAAUCGGCCACACCCUCCCCCUCCAGCUCCAAUCAGGAAGAGGAGACUGAUCCUCAUUCAAAGAUCACGGGCGAGAAACGGCCGUCUUCAGAGAUGAUGAAGCCCAAGCCCAAACCCCAAAAAAAGAAGAAGAAGAAGGAUCCCAAUGAGCCUACAAAGCCUGUGUCAGCCUACGCCUUGUUCUUCAGAGACACCCAGGCAGCCAUUAAAGGACAGAACCCAAACGCCACCUUUGGAGACGUAUCCAAGAUAGUGGCCUCCAUGUGGGACGGACUGGGAGAGGAGCAGAAACAGAGCUACAAGAGGAAAACAGAGGCUGCUAAGAAGGAGUACCUGAAAGCCCUGGCCGCCUACAGAGCCAGUCUGGUUUCCAAGACAUAUAAUGAUCCAGUGGAGACAAAAAGUGCCCAAACAAGCCAGGCUUCUCCACAUAUGAUGCCAGCCAACCCGCCCCUGUACAGUGUGCCACCUCCCCCACAGCCAUCGUCGCCCUACCUGGGGCCCGGGGCCUUCCCUCUCGCCGACCUGCAGAGCUACGCAGGACACGCCCCUCGCCACGCCCUGUCGCAGACACUCAGCCAAUCGCAGAUGCUGCCCAGCAUUAGUGCCUCUCCCCCCUCCUCCUUCCAGAUCAGCCCACCCCUUCACCCCCACCAGCAGCUCUCCCUGCACCAGAGCUCGCUCCUCAACCAGCCUAUCCGCAUGCAGCAGGUCCAAUCCCAUCACCAGAUGGGCCUGCAGGCCUCUCUUCACUCCCCUCCUCCUGGACAGCAGGGUUUUUCCCACCUCCAGUCAGAGUAUCAGAAAAGCAUUGGGGGUUCCCAGUCUCCAGGAGCCCCUGGCCCUGGUCCAGGCCCUGGAGUGGCUCAGAGCCAUGACUGGGACAGUGAAUACUGCAAUCGGGAGUGUGGCAACCACUGCAGUGGCAGCAUGAUUGGCAGGGACAAGCCACUCUACCUCACCUGAAACUGAAGAUCAUGCUCUGUCGACAAAUACGACACCGAGGAGUCUACUCUUACCCCCCACAUCCCCCUCACCCCUUUCCCCUCAACCCUCUUCUGAUGCACACA